AUGUAUGAUCCCAAACCCGUCUCAAAAUUCGCAUUUAUUGACCCUAUGGAACCGCAGUUCGUCUCUCAACUCCCACAGCCGGCUCGCCAUGGGCUCCCAUCACCUCAGAAGCACUUAGCAGAGCUCAGCUCAUCGGCAAACAACUCUCGGACUGCUAUGCUUCCUCCUGGUUUUGCCAGUCACAAGCGCCAGGGAUCCAACCUGCCUGAGCCGGCCCCGAAGCGCAAGACGCUUGCUGAACGCGCGGGCGAACCUCCGAGAGUAACACAGGCUGCACCUCGAUCGAAUGCCCCCCUCAAUUCUGCAGUCAUGUCCACGGUUCACGGCCGCAAUCCCUCUGCAUUCUCACAGUCCUACCGAAGCAAUCCAACCCAAUCGAGAAACACACCCAGCUCUACAGGGUCGUCAUUCUCGAUGAGUGUAGGUAGCAGCAUCCGACCACCGAGUACGCGACCGGUAUCGAGUCUCGCGCGACCCAAAUCGUCACUUGCCAAAGAAAGAGGGACUAGAAUGGCCCACCCGAGGCCUACAACGUCAAUGGAUACCCGAGUUGAGAAUCCAGAAGGACCCAAUAAUAAACGUAUGAUUGAUUUUUCCAAUCCCCAACUGAACUUCACUGCCCGUGGCCCCCUGAACCCUGCGAGGACUGCCGUGUACAUGCCCAAGAGAGGUGCUCGGAACAUCUCCCCCAUGAGAUGCACAGGAAUAUCAAACCAUCCUCAGAUACUUCGACGAGAGCCUUUGAGGGCCUUUUCGAUUACCAGUCGGAUGGCAGAAUUGUCUUUAUAUCCCGAGACUCCACAGCCCAAGGCGCGUUUGGGAAGCCCUUCCAAAGUUCCUAGGCCAUCUCCGGGAGCUCCCAAAGCUCUGGAUAAGCCAGUGUUCAGUCCUCCGCAGUUUCCCAAGAACACACCAUCUCCUCGUAAAAACAAAGCGGGUGUCAAGCUGACCAAGUAUUCUGAUCUAGAAGCCUGGGAUCCCGAAGAACAAUACAGUAACAUGGAGAGGAUGUACGAAGAUGUGUGCAAGCAUUAUAAGCAAGCGAUGGAAGAUAACGUGGAGGCUAAGGAGGCCAACCAUGCUUACAAGUCAACGCUUGCCAGCCUAGAGCAGGAGCGAAAAGACCUCACAGAAAACCUAAUUUCACUGAGAUGCGAGCUAGAAACGACGAAAUUUCGGCUCGAGACGGCCGAACGAGCGAAGACCGAGGUCCAGCGAGCCAACGAGGAAGAAAUCGAGGACGUCAAGCGUGACCACCGAAUCGAGUGCGAAAACAUCCGCCAAGCACACCGUCAAGACAUGGAACGGCUAAAGGCUGAUCAUCGAGAAGAGUUGCGUGAGUUGAAGAAGAGACUAGAAGAUGAGCUUGAAGAUGAACGAACCCAACGAAUCCAAGCUCUAAGUCAAGUCUCUACUCAGGGCGCGUUGGAAAAGCAGAGACAUCACAUGGAUAUUGAGGCAAAAGAACAAGAAAUCAGAAACAUCCGCUCGGAGGUGGAGAGGUUAAAGGCUGAUCUUGCCAGAGAGAAGAGCCUCAACGACGACCUACGGCAAAAUUUGAGCUCUGCCGGAGCCAACGCAACGACUAUGGAGACUGCUCGACAAGCCCUACAAGCGAAGAUUGAUUAUCUUGAAUCGGACAGCAAGUCCCAAUCGGAAGCAUAUGCCAUGAUGGAGAAGAGAAUGAAUGCGGCUCUGGAAAAAGCGACAGAAUGCGAAGAAAAGCUGCGAAAGGAGGAAAUGCUCCGACGAAAGCUGCAUAAUCAAGUGCAGGAGCUCAAGGGCAAUAUCCGAGUGUUCUGUCGUGUGCGUCCGUCCAAUGGAGAUGAAUCGGAAGGCACGGCCAAGUUCAAUUUUCCAGCAUCCGACGAAGACCCUAAAGAUAUUGAGGUCAAGGGCCCAGAAGAAACCAACAGCUUGGGCAAGGUCACGACCAAAACGCACCAGUUCUCCUUCGACCGAGUCUUUGCGCCGUCGAGCAACAACACCGAGAUCUUUGAGGAAAUCAGUCAACUCAUCCAAUCGGCUCUGGACGGUUACAACGUGUGCAUCUUUGCAUACGGACAGACCGGCUCCGGCAAGACGUUUACAAUGUCGUCUGAAGACGGUAUGAUACCACAGGCUCUGCGGCAAAUCUAUAGCACAAGCAAAGAGCUCGAAACCAGAGGGUGGAAGUACACGAUGGAAGGCAGCUUUGUUGAAGUAUACAACGAGGAGCUACGAGAUCUCUUAGGCAAGGAUGGCGAGAGUAACGGCAAAAAACACGAGAUCCGCCACGACAUGGCGACGUGUGAAACAACAAUCACGGACGUGACGACGCUCACACUCGACAGCCAGGAGCAGGUUGAGGGCAUUCUGGCGCAAGCAAUGUCUCGACGAUCUGUGGCGGCCACAAAGGCCAAUGAACGAAGUAGUCGAAGCCACUCGGUGUUCAUCCUCAAACUGACAGGCUACAACUCGAUCACGGGCAAACGGUGCAAGGGCACGCUCAACCUGGUCGAUCUGGCGGGUUCGGAACGCCUGACGCAUUCACAAGUCGAAGGGGCAAGGUUAAAAGAGACGCAAAACAUCAACAAGUCUUUGUCUUGCUUAGGCGACGUCAUUGGUGCUUUGGGUCAGCAGCAGCAACAGCAACAGCAACAUGGUCAGCAGCAAAGUGGGAGCGGGCCCAACGGUGGUGGUGGUGGAGGAGGAGGAGUCGGACACAUCCCUUACCGUAACAGCAAACUGACGUACCUCUUGCAAUUCAGCCUAGGAGGGAACAGCAAGACUUUGAUGUUCGUCAUGGUCGCGCCGGAGAAGAAGUGUCUCUCGGAAACCAUCACCUCUCUCAAGUUUGCCGACAAAGUGAGCAGGACGAGGAUUGGUGUGGCGAGGAAAACCAGUGGGAGGUGA